ACUGAAUAGUCUCACAUCUCCCUCUCCGCGAAACUCGCGCUAUACUUUUAAAAGCACGCGCAGGCGCCGCGGGGUCGUUGCGUGCGCGUUGGAGCGGAGAUGAACGCAGAGGUGGAUUACGGAGGCUCCGGGAGCAGCGGGAACGGGAAGCUGCGCCAGUGGCUCAUCGAGCAGGUGAACUGCGGCACGUACCCCGGUCUGGUGUGGGAGAACGACGAGAAGAGCAUCUUCCGGAUACCGUGGAAACACGCCGGGAAACAGGACUACAACCGCGACGAGGACGCCGCGCUUUUCAAGGCCUGGGCACUGUUUAAAGGAAAGUUCCGGGAGGGGGUCGACAAGCCGGACCCGCCGACCUGGAAGACUCGCCUCCGCUGCGCGCUCAACAAGAGCAAUGACUUUGAGGAGCUUGUGGAGAGAAGCCAGCUGGACAUCUCAGACCCAUACAAAGUGUACCGCAUCAUCCCCGAGAGCGCCAAGAAAAGACCCAGACUCGAGGACAGUCCUCUGAGUCCAGUGAGCUACCAGGUGCACUCCCCCUAUCCUGCCGUUCAGACACAGAUACCGCAGUAUGUGCCCACACCAGAGGGUGGCUGGAGAGAUUUCUGUCAGGAGCAGGCCUCCCUGCCUGAGCUGCCCUUCACUCACUGCCCCCCCCGCAGCCUGCCAUGGCAGGGCCAGUCCAUGGAGAAUGGAUACCAACUCAGAGCCUCCAUUUACUCGUACGGUCCUGCUGACAUUCAGCCCUCGGCUUUCUACCUGGACCCCAGCAUCCGAUCAGCGGAGGCGCUCUCAGACUUCCGCCUGCACGUUUCUGUGUAUUUCCGGGACUCUCUGGUGAGGGAGGUGACCACCUCCAGUCCCGAGGGCUGCCACAUCACUCCCUGCUCGCCAGAAGAGAAGCACUACCUGCCUCCUGGAGGUCCUGAGGUGGUCCCCCUGCCUGUGGAGAGUCUCUCUGCCCAAAGCAGGACAGAGGAGUGUCCCCCGAGUCCCCCGGCCACCCUGGAGAGGGGCGUGUUACUGUGGAUGGGCCCAGAUGGACUCUACGCUCGCAGGCUGUGUCAGGGCAGAGUGUACUGGCAGGGAGGACUGUCCCAGUAUGGAGACAAGCCCAACACACUGGAGAGAGAGGUCACCUGUAAACUCCUCCACACACAGGACUACCUGACAGAAAUCCAGAGCUACGGGCUCCACGGCCGGCCGCUGCCUCGUUUCCAGGUCCUCUUGCACUUUGGAGACGAGUGUCUGGACCUGCAGAGGCCAAGACGGACCCCCACAGUCCAGGUGGAGCCACUGUUUGCCAGGCAGCUCCUGUACUACGCCCAGCAGAUGGGUGGCCACUACUUCCGCAGCUACGAGCACCCGGGAGUCACGGACCACAUAAACACCGCUGAGGACUACCAGAGGACCAUCACACAUCACCACAGCAGCAGCCUGCAGGAGUGAUCUCACGAGGCUCAAGUGGCUGUGGAAAACCUCAAGACGCUGCGGUGACCUUUGACACGGGACACAAGAUGACUUUGCCAAGAGGACAAACUUUAUAGGCCUACAUGAAGAUUAUGGCCACGUCGUGACAGUGACCGUUUGCCCUGGAGGGUUCUGUGUGUGUGUUUGUCGGCGUUUGUGGCUGGAACCAAACUUGCAAUGUUACUGCUUUCUCUCCUUACCAUAUUUUUGUGGCACCAUUUUUGAUGGCUCCACACUUACUAUGCAAAGAAAACUGACAGCUUAUGUGAUUGUAAAGAAGAAAACUGUGGUUGAAUUUGAAUGCCUUAAGGUGAUAGAGAUUCUGGGAAAUAUGCUUAUUCA